CGCGCGCGCAGCUGCUGUAUGUUGUACAACAGCGCCACCACUUGACACGAGCGCGCUGUCAUAAAUAUGCUUCCGGUAUCCAACCUUCAACUUUCAAGGGAAAAAUCUGUCAUUGUGUCAAUGUGUGUAUGAUAAUUGAUAUGAACGAACGGAUAUUAAACGGGCAUGCAAUUGCAUGAUGGCAAUGCAAAGUGAAAGUUUUGAAGACACUUUUACUGGCUGUUGGGCACCCACCAUCAAAGAAGAGGCAACAACCAUCAAAGCUGAACCUGCUGACAUCUAUACUAGUGAUGAUGUCUCAGGUGCGGAACAGGCUAAGGCAAGCAUGCCAAGCUCAGGCAUGGAUACAAACACUGUUGAGAAUAGGACCAUUGCAGCACAGGCAAGUUGGACAUCUCAGCAACAUGUCUCAGAUGAGCCAAUGGAUGGAGCAGGCAUGUUUGAGAUUAAGAGAGAAUAUUCCGACAACUCUCUGGAAUCACACUAUCAUUCCCCGUGUAAUGAAGAAGCAUCUGCUACCAAACCAUCUCAGGCAAACUUGAUGAUGCAUCCUCCAGUAACAGAGUAUCCAGCCGACGCUGCCAGUGGUCUCCAUCUCAAGACGGAGGAUCCAGGACUUCAAGAAUGUAUUCAUGCAUCGUAUGGUUGUCAUGAGACUAACAGUUCAAUGACAGCGAUCCAGGAGAACAGAUCAUCUCCAUUAGAGCAGUCUAGUUGGACACCCCAACCGUCAGAGUCAGCAGUAGAUUCCACCAUCUGUCCGAAUAUAAAGACAAAAGAUUCGGUGCUCCCAGAGAAUUUGCCUCAAUCCAAUGAGUAUCAACAUGCUCUGUGCGAUGGAGAAAUACCUGCUACUCAACCAUCAUAUGAACAGGAUUCUUCACAGCAGCCAGUGAAAAUGGAGACAUCAGAGGAAAUGAUGUACAACGACGAACAUGAGGAGUCUGACAGCAUUGACCAAUCAGAGGAAAGCAUGUUGAUGACUGCUCAAUAUGGCUGCUCUGUUGCCAUGCUAACGGAUCCAUCGUCAGCUGGUCCUUCGAGUGCCCAGAUUGGAAUCGCUACCCUGCAUGCAGCCCGACCUCAGACUCCCACGAGCUUGUCCUGUCCAACUUGCAACCAAAUCUUCUCCUGUAAAGAUUCCCUUCGUUCCCAUGAGGAAAUCCACUCCGUCAUGCACUGUUUCAUCUGCAACAUUUGCUCGAAAACAUUCACCAAGAAAUGCUAUCUGCAGAAACACAUCAAACGACACUCAAGAACUGGGCAGAGGUUUCCAUGCACUACUUGCAAUGAGGCUUUUGAUACCAGUUUUCAUCUAAAAGAGCAUGAAGCUACAACUCAUAACAAAGCAUGUGCAUUAACUCCAGAUGACCAAAAUGUUGCAGAGAAUGCAGACACUUCGAUUGUAGAGAGGCCAUUUCAGUGUGACCUUUGCCCUUUAAGAUUCAAAACCAAGAACACCUUGCAUUCACAUCGAGAAGUCCAUGCCACCAUUAAGCCAUACGCUUGUAGCAAAUGCGGAAAGGAUUUUAUAAGGCAAAGAGGUCUCAAAGAUCAUGAACAAACUCAUAAUUCUGAUGGAGUAUUUAGAUGCGAGAAGUGUCCUGAAACCUUCCGAAACUUUACGCAACUUAGAUUGCAUCGACGGAAACAUUCAAAGCUGCCACAGGAUGCAGUUCAACAGAAUGUUCCUGUAACCCUUGUCAACAGUGACAUGCAAGUUCCAGGCGACCAAAAUGCUGCAGAGAACACAGACACUUUAGUUCCAGAGAGGCCAUUUGAGUGUGACCUUUGCCCUUUAAGAUUCAAAACCAAGAACACCUUGCAUUCACAUCGAGAAGUCCAUGCCACCAUUAAGCCAUACACUUGUAGCAAAUGCGGAAAGGCUUUUAUAAGGCAAAGAGGUCUCAAAGAUCAUGAACAAACUCAUAAUCCUGAUGGAGUAUUUAGAUGCGAGAAGUGUCCUGAAACCUUCCCAAACUUUAAUCAACUCAGAUUUCAUCGACGGAUGCAUUCAAAGCUGCCACAGGAUGCAGUUCAACAGAAUGUUCCCGAAACACUUGUCAAUAGUGACAUGCAAGUUCCAGGUGACCAAAAUGUUCCCGUUAACCUUGUCAACAGUGACAUGCAUGUACAAGUUUCAGAGACAACAGAAGUUGUUGGCCAAAAACAAACUUGUUUGAACAACAAUGAAGCGUUACCAGCAAACAUAUUAUCCCAUGCAGAAGCAGUACCUGAUAUGAACGUUAGUAGCACUUUGGCAACAAAUCUAGGAAGUGCUCCCUUUCCCUGUUACUAUUACCCUGUAACCAUCAUGUACCCGCAAGUUCCUAGCGUAAUAGCCGUUCAGAAUCCUUUAGGAAUGCCAUUUGUUUGCUUCCCUCAUAAUCAGUCUUACGGAUCCAGUUCCAUUCUGCCAGAACAAAUAAGCAACAACCUGAUUGGCAACAGUCUGAUUGGCAACAGUCAUUCAUGUGAUUUGUGUGGUUGUACUUUCUCUGAUAUCGAGGAACUAAAUACUCAUCAGAAAACUCACGUUCAGUCAGCUGAAAACCUUGGCAACAUUGACACAUCAAGCCCAGAGACAACAGAGUUUGUGGGUCAGACACAAAAUUCUGCCAACUACAAGUAUGAGUUGCGAGAGCGCAAAUUGCCCCAUACAUGUACUGAGCCGGCACUUGAUUCAAACAGUGAGAGCACUCCGGAAGAAAAAGCUCUGGAAAUUGAGAAGCUUGGCUACAGUCAGUCUUGUCACUUGUGUGGUUGUACUUUCUCUGAUAUCGAGAAACUAAGUGCUCAUCAGAAAACUCACAUUCAGUCAGCUGUUCCAUACACGGCAACUGAUCACGCUCAUCAGGAGGUCUGUACGAGCAGACAUGACCUCGUUGAUGAGCAACUCCAAGUGCAUACUCUUGAUAAAUCGUCGCAAUAUUCAGUCCUCCGUGAUGAAGUUCAUAGCGACUUGAUCCCAGAGAGGCCAUUUCAGUGUGAACUUUGCCCUCUAAGAUUCAAGAAAAAGGACACACUGAAGUCGCACCAAGAUGUUCAUACCGGUGUAAAGCCAUACGUUUGUGGAACAUGUGGUCGAGCAUUUGCCAGACGAUCCGCUCUCCAUGAUCAUCAACAAUCACACAAUCCUGAUGGGGUAUUUAAAUGUAACAGGUGUCCUGAAACCUUCUCAUGCUUUCGACAGCUAAGAGUCCAUCAACGUUUACAUCCAAAACUGCUAAGGAAUCCAGUUCAUCAGAAUGUUGCUGAAAACCUUGGCAACAGUGACACAUCAAGCCCAGAGACAACAGGGUUUGUGGGUCAGACACAAAAUUCUGCCGACAACAAGGAUGAGUUGCGAGAGCGCAAAUUGCCCCAUACAUGUACUGAGCCAGCACUUGAUUCAAACAGUGAGAGCACUCCGGAAGCAAAAGCUCUGGAAAUUGAGAAGUUUGGCAACAGCCAGUCUUGUAAUUUGUGUGGUUGUACUUUCUCUGAUAUCGAGAAACUAAGUACUCACCAAAAAACUCACAUUCAGUCAGCUGUUCCACACACGGCAACUGAUCACGCUCAUCAGGAGGUCUGUACGAGCAGACCUGAACUCGUUGAUGAACAACUUCCAGUACAUACUCUUGAUAAACAGUCGCAAGAUUCAGUCCUCCAUGAUGAAGUUCUUAGCGACUUGAUCCCAGAGAGGCCAUUUCAGUGUGAACUUUGCCCUCUAAGAUUCAAGAAAAAGGACACACUAAGAUCGCACCAAGAUGUUCAUACCGGUGUAAAGCCAUACGUUUGUGGAACAUGUGGUCGAGCAUUUGCCAGACGAUCAACUCUCCUUGAUCAUCAACAAACACACAAUCCUGACGGGGUAUUUAAAUGUAACAGGUGUCCUGAAAUCUUCUCAUGCUUUCGACAGCUAAGAGUCCAUCAACGGUUACAUCCAAAACUGCUAAGGAAUCCAGUUCAUCAGAAUGUUGUUAAAAACCUUGGCAACAGUGACACAUCAAGCAAGUUUGAGGGUCAGACACAAAAUUCUACCGACAACAAGGAUGAGUUGUCUGAGCACAAAUUGCUCCAUACUGAGGCAGCACUCACCCUGGAAGAACACCUUCUAGACAUUUAUCAAUUUGCCUGCUUUUUUUGCUCCCGAAUCUGCACCCAGCCUUCUGUUCUGAACCGGCACAUAGCCCAAGCUCACAGUUCCUUAGAAAGCCCAUUCCUUUGCUAUGUCUGUAAUCAGUCUUACAACACCACAACAAGUCUCAGAGAACAUGUGAACUACCACAGGAGAGGGAACAGUUUCAAGUCGUACGAUUGUGCUAUUUCUGACGAUAAAUUAAAAACUCAUGAAAAGACCAACAAUCAGUCAGCCAUUCCAUCCGCUGCAUGUGAAAACGUUCAGAAUGUUAGUACCAACAGUUCUGAACUACACUUAGACCAGCAACUCCUAACAAACACUCUUGACACAUCACCGAUGCACCCAGUGGUACUCAUAAAAAAUCAUGAAGCCACUCCCUCAACUGCGGGCAAAAGCGGUCAGAAUGUUUGCGCCAAGAGUUUUGAGCUAGAUGAGCAACUCCCAUCACCUGCCACUCUUGACAAACUUUUGAUGGAAUCGAUGAAACUCAUGGAAAACUCGGACGAGAUUCACAAUCAGUCAGCCAUUCUGUCAGCUGCAUCUAAACACAGUCACAACGUUUGUAUCAGAAGUUCUGAAUCUGUAGAUGAGCAUCUCCGAAAAGUCACAUUUGACAAGCAAUUCAUGGAUUCUGUCAACCGAAAUGUUGACCAACCCGACGUUCCUGAUGAGAGGCCGUUUCAGUGUUCCCUUUGCCCUUUAAGAUUCAAAAGGAAAGGAAAUUUGCGCACCCACCAAGAAGUUCAUGCCGCUGUGAAACCAUAUGUUUGUAGCACCUGUGGUAAAGCUUUCAUUAGGCAAAGGUCUCUCAGAGGACAUGAACAAAUUCACGACCAAAAUCGUGUAUAUAAAUGUAACAGAUGUUCUGAAACAUUCUCAAGGUCUCGUGAUCUUAAAAUUCAUCGUAAGAUUCACUCCAGACCUCAAAAUGAUGGAUGUCAAGAAAGUGUUGCAGAGGAACCAGUCAAUAAAGACACACAAAGCACAGAGAGACCACAUCAGUGUCAUCUCUGUCCCUUAAGGUUUAAAAGAAAGGGCACGUUGCGCUCCCACCAAGAAGUUCAUGCCACUGUCAAACCAUACGUUUGUCAUAAAUGUGGUAAAACGUUCACAAGAAAAAGAAGUCUUCAAGAUCACGAACAAAUUCAUAAGGAUGGAUUAUUUAAAUGCGAAAAGUGUCCUGAAACCUUCUCUCGAUUUCAUCAUCUUAAAAUCCAUCGUAGGAUGCACUCCCGACCCCAACAGGAUGGAUGUCAAGAGACUGUUGUUGCCGAGAAGCCUGUCAAUAAAGAGACUCAAAGCGCAGAGAGACCAUAUCAGUGUCAACUCUGCCCUUUAAGGUUUAAAACAAAGGGUACAUUGAGCUCCCACCAAGAGGUUCAUGCCACAGUUAAACCCUACGUUUGCAACACAUGUGGUAAAGCAUUCGUGAGGCGAUCAACUCUACAAGAUCAUGAGCAAACUCACAAUCCUGAUCGAGUUUUCAAGUGCAAGAAAUGCUCUGAAACGUUUUCAAGUUCUAAAGACUUCAAACAGCACCGUAAAAUGCACCCAAAGCCAAGUAAAGUAAAGACAUUUCGCUGUGACACUUGUGAAAAGGAUUUCCCAACACAACGUGCCCUGGUGAGGCACGGCUACGAACACACACAAGUGAAACCAUUCCAAUGUACGCAGUGCAGCAAGGGGUUUUUGUAUGAGAAAUCUCUCCAAGUUCAUCAAAAGACCCACUCAGAAGUGAGGACGUACAAAUGUCUCCUAUGCAAAGAUAGGGCCUUCUACACCCGUGUUGUGCUUGAUGCACAUAUGAAUUACUAUCAUAGCGAAAGCCACGACUUGAGACUGUUUGCAUGCAACUUGUGUGACAAGAGAUACCCGAGUGCUAGCUCCUUGGCAUAUCAUGUGCUCGUCCACAAGAACCUGAAGCCGUUUGCCUGUCACACUUGUGGCAAAUCCUACCGCUCCAAGAUGGCUCUCAAGUACCACAAGAAGUACCACACUGGAGAAAAGCCUUCAUUUUUCUGCGACAUCUGCAAAAAGGGCUUCCUUGCCCUCUUUUUUCUGAACCGACACAAGAGAGAGUCUCAUUCCCAUCGUGACCGGUCGUUCUUGUGUCAGUACUGCGAUAAAACAUUCACACACAGUGGUCGGUUGUCGAGGCACGUUGCUAUCCACACACGAAAAAAUGUACUGGCCUGCAAGAUUUGUGGCAAGACAUGUCUGCGCAAAGACAAUCUCAGGACACAUAUGAAAGUACAUCGUCCUGGUCGAAGGAAGAAAACAACACAUAGUGAUUCUGAUUGAAUUCAAUUAAAGUAUAAUUCAGGAGAAAUCAGAAAACUGUUGAAAAACACUACAUCUUAAGAAACAUACUUUCAUGCUCGAUCUUAAUAAUGAAUUGUUUUGUCUUCUAAACUGUGCCCCGAAGAAUUGACAUAUUCGUGUAGCUUCUAUUUGGCUUGUUCCUCAUUGUGACAACUGUUCUACAAAUUAACAGACAUUAUUUGUUCUUUGCCAUCAUUUUAUUGUCGUUAUCCCUAAGCCAAUUCCAUUGAUGUAUUUUCUUCAAGUUUCUUGCCACACGCUGCCUUACUCUAGAAUCCCCUGCCUUCAUACUGUUUUCCACAUACCAAUAACCUAUCUCAGUUUCAGAAUGCACAUCUCUCACAUUAAACUUAAUCUUCUAUCGUUCACUUUUGGUCUGUUCUUUUCCUCACCUUGAGAGGCCUUUGCGCUUAGUGACGGGUGACUUGCAAAGAAAAAACCAACAGCAUUAUCCUCUGCACUAAAUGAGAUGUCAAACUUACAGAGGAUGACUCCAACAUGACACUGUGGACAAACCAUCUUGCUGUGCAUCCUAAGUGCCUUAAAUUGAUUAUAUUAUUAAUGAGACUUCAUAAUUACAGUGUUUUGUUUAUUGAAUGUGAUGUUUUCUUAAAACCAAAACCAUAUGUUUCUAGUACCAUUCUGUUUUUCCCCCAGAGAAUGCAAGUGUUUUAUUGGCAUUGAUUAAGUUCUUUGUAUAUUAUUAGUUCUUAUAUAAGUGACAUUCAGAUCCUUGUCAUUUGAUUGGUGGAACUCACAUCACGUGACAUUUGUUAUUGCUCCCAUUCACGCCGGGGCUCAAAAAGUCCCAUUCGCCCAUGGGGAAUGGGAAAUACUUUUGAACAGUUAGGAUCAUUCUUGUUCCAUGACGCAGUAUUUGUGUGCAAAUGCAUGCUGGUGUGCAUGUUCAACAUUGCGGGUAGCACGUAUUGUUCCAAAGAGCCAGCGCUACCGAGUUGGGUUCAAACAUAUUCGUGAAGGGGUGGUUUGGAAGAGAGAAAUACAUUUUCCACCCAUUUUGUACUGAAAUAAAAGUUCAAAUAUAUCAAAU